CAGUUGGCUGCAGUGGUCUCCCUCUUGCCGGAGAACUGGGAGGCCGCUCAGGAACAUGUCCUCACAUUUUCUCUGGGGUUUUGUUACUUUAUUGAUGAUAGCCGGAUUAGAUGGCGAAACUGGAACGCCGGAGCAGAAGCGACAGAAAAGAAUUGCUGAUCUCCACCAGCCUCGGAUGACUACACAGGAGGGAAACUUAGUGUUUCUUACAAGCUCUGCCCAAAAUAUUGAAUUUAGAACUGGUUCCCUGGGGAAAAUCAAAUUAAAUGAUGAAGACCUUGGCGAAUGUUUACACCAGAUCCAGAGAAACAAAGAUGAUAUUAUAGAUUUAAAAAAGAAUACAACUGGUCUUCCUCAAAAUAUACUUAGUCAAGUCCACCAACUUAAUUCAAAGCUCGUGGAUCUUGAGAGAGAUUUUCAAAGCUUACAGCAGAAUGUGGAGAGAAAAGUUUGCAGUAGCAAUCCCUGCCACAAUGGCGGCACCUGCAUCAACCUGCACGACUCCUUUAUUUGUAUCUGCCCUUUGCAAUGGAAGGGUCUCUUCUGCUCAGAGGAUGUUAACGAGUGUGCACUUUACGCUGGAACACCCUUUGGCUGCCAGAGUGGAUCCACUUGUGUGAACACCAUGGGGAGUUUCAGGUGUGACUGCACGCCUGAUACGUAUGGACCUCAGUGUGCAUCCAAAUAUAACGACUGUGAACGGGGCUCAAAGCAGCUCUGUAAGCAUGGCAUCUGCGAGGAUUUACAGCGAGUAUACCAUGGGCAGCCAAAUUUUAACUGCAUCUGUGAUGCUGGGUGGACAACACCACCAAAUGGUAUCUCUUGCUCAGAGGACAAAGAUGAGUGCAGCCUCCACCCUUCACCUUGUUCAGAACAUGCACAGUGUUUCAAUACUCAAGGCUCCUUCUACUGUGGGGCCUGCCCGAAAGGUUGGCAAGGAAAUGGUUACGAAUGCCAGGAUAUCAACGAAUGUGAGAUCAACAAUGGUGGCUGUUCCAAGGCUCCACUGGUCCCCUGCCUGAACACACCUGGAUCAUUCACCUGUGGGAACUGUCCAGCAGGUUUUAGUGGUGACGGGAGAGUGUGCACUCCCUUGGACAUCUGCUCGAUCCAUAAUGGAGGCUGCCACCCAUAUGCAACCUGCUCCUCGUCUCCUGGUCUAGGGUCCUUCUUGCCUGUCUGCACCUGUCCUCCGGGAUAUACAGGAAAUGGUUAUGGGUCUAAUGGAUGUGUACGCCUCAGUAAUAUUUGCUCAAGACACCCGUGUGUAAAUGGGCAGUGCAUUGAAACAGUAUCAAGUUAUUUCUGUAAGUGUGACUCAGGCUGGUCUGGACAGAACUGUACAGAAAACAUUAAUGAGUGUGUAAGCAACCCCUGUUUGAAUGGGGGCACCUGUAUUGAUGGUGUGAAUGGCUUCACCUGUGACUGCACAAGCUCCUGGACUGGCUAUUACUGUCAGACUCCCCAGGCAGCUUGUGGAGGGAUCCUCUCAGGGACACAAGGAACCUUUGCCUACCAGAGCCCAAAUGAUACCUAUGUCCAUAAUGUGAACUGUUUCUGGGUUGUCAGAACUGAUGAGGAAAAGGUUCUGCAUAUCACGUUCACAUUUUUCAGUUUACAAUCAGCAAGCAAUUGUCCCCAGGAAUACCUUCAGAUUCAUGACGGAGACUCCUCAGCAGAUUUUCCGCUUGGUAGAUACUGUGGCUCCACACCCCCCCAGGGCAUCCACAGCAGUGCCAAUGCUCUCUACUUCCAUCUCCACUCUGAAUACAUAAACCGUGGGAGAGGAUUUACUGCACGGUGGGAGGCAAAACUACCAGAAUGUGGUGGAAUACUGACUAGUAAUUACGGUUCUAUUACAUCUCCGGGGUACCCUGGAAACUACCCCCCAGGAAGAGAUUGUAUCUGGCACAUCCUAGCCAAUCCUGGCUCCUUGAUAACAUUUACCUUUGGAACCUUGAGCCUGGAGAGCCACAAUGACUGCAGUAAAGACUAUUUGGAGAUUCGAGAUGGUUAUUUCCAACGAGACCCCAUUCUUGGGAAAUUCUGCACUUCUCUGUCUACCCCACCACUCCAGACUACAGGUCCCGCAGCAAGAAUUCAUUUCCAUUCUGACUCCGAGACUAGUGACAGAGGCUUCCACAUCACGUUUCUAACCACUCAGUCGGAUCUGUACUGUGGCGGGAAUUACACAGACACGGAAGGUGAACUCCUCCUUCCUCCCUUGACUGGACCUUUCACUCAUAGCAGACAGUGUGUCUAUCUCAUCUCACAACCCCAAGGAGAGCAAAUAGUUAUCAACUUCAUCCAUGUGGAGCUGGAGAGCCAGAGGGGCUGUUCUCAUACUUACAUCGAGGUUGGAGACCAUGACAGCUUACUUCGAAAGAUCUGUGGCAACGAAACCUUGUUCCCUAUUAAAUCAAUUUCCAAUAAGGUCUGGGUCAGAUUGAGAAUAGAUGCUUCAGUCCAGAAGGCUAGUUUCAGAGCUGACUAUCAAGUUGCUUGUGGGGGUGAGUUAAGUGGAGAAGGAGUCAUUCGCUCACCUUUCUAUCCUAAUGUGUAUCCCGGAAGGAGAAUCUGUAGGUGGGCCAUCUCCCAACCCCAAAGACAAGUUGUUCUUCUUAACUUCACUGACUUUCAGAUUGGAGGCUCCUCCUGUGAUGCAGAUUACAUUGAGAUUGGUCCCAGCUCUGUCUUGGGAUCUCCUGGAAAUGAGAAGUAUUGUGGUGCAAACCCACCAUCAUUUAUAACAUCUGUAUACAAUGUUCUUUAUGUUACAUUUGUGAAAAGUACUUCUAUGGAAAAUCGUGGCUUCAUGGCUAAGUUCAGCAGUGAGAAAUUAGAAUGUGGAGAAGUUCUCACAACAUCUACAGGAACCAUUGAAAGCCCUGGUCAUCCAAAUGUCUACCCAAGUGGCGUAAAUUGCACCUGGCAUAUAGUGGUCCAACAAGACCAACUGAUUCGUUUGGUAUUUAGUUCAUUUAACCUGGAAUUUCAUUACAACUGUGCAAAUGACUACCUGGAAGUUUAUGACUCUGUUGCUCAGAUAUCUCUUGGGAGAUACUGUGGAAAAUCCAUCCCGCCUUCUCUCACCAGCAGCUCUCAUUCAAUAAAGCUGAUAUUCGUGUCUGACUCUGCUCUUGCCCACGAAGGCUUUUCCAUAAAUUAUGAAGCAAUUGAUGCAUCAGCAGUGUGCGUACAUGACUAUACAAGCAGUAUCGGAAGGCUUUCCUCCCCUAACUUCCCCAGUAAUUACCCCCACAACAGGAACUGCGUCUACAGGAUCACUGUGGGACUCAACCAACAGAUUGCAUUGCAUUUCACAGACUUUGCCUUGGAGGAGUAUUUUGGGACAAAGUGUGUAGAUUUUGUAGAAAUCAGAGAUGGAGGCUUCGAAACUUCACCACUCAUCGGGAUUUACUGUGGCUCAGUUUUACCUCCAAGAAUCAUCUCUCACAGUAACAAGCUAUGGCUAAGGUUCAAGAGUGACACCGCACUCACAGCGAGGGGUUUCUCAGCUUACUGGGAUGCAUCAUUAACAGGCUGUGGAGGCAAUCUCACCACUCCCACAGGGGUGCUCACAUCGCCCAACUACCCGAUGCCCUACUACCACAGCUCCGAAUGCUACUGGCGGCUGCAAGCCAGCCGUGGCAGCCCUUUCCAGCUUGAAUUCCAAGACUUCCACCUGGAACACCACCCCAACUGCUCUCUGGAUUAUUUGGCCGUGUUUGAUGGCCCAAGUACCAACUCCCGUCUGAUAAAUAAACUGUGUGGGGAUUCAAUACCUGCUCCCAUCCGUUCCAAUAAAGACAUCGUAUUGUUGAAGCUGAGGACUGAUGCAGGUCAACAAGGACGUGGCUUUGAGAUCAAAUACCAUCAGACAUGUGACAAUGUGGUAAUAGUGAAUAAAACGUCUGGCAUCUUGGAGAGCAUAAAUUACCCAAAUCCCUAUGAUAAGGAUCAACGUUGUAACUGGACCAUCAAAGCAACAACAGGCAACACUGUGAACUAUACAUUUCUGGAAUUUGAUGUGGAAAAUUAUGUAAACUGCUCCACAGAUUAUUUAGAGCUCUAUGAUGGACCACAACGGAUAGGGCGCUACUGUGGAAAUGAUACCCCCCCACCAGGGGCUACAACAGGCUCCAAACUUCAUGUACUGUUCCACACAGAUGGGGUUAACUCUGGGGAGAAAGGAUUUAUGAUGCAAUGGUUCAUUCAUGGCUGUGGUGGAGAGAUGUCUGGCACAAUGGGUUCAUUCACCAGCCCUGGGUACCCUAACAACUAUCCUCACAACAAGGAGUGUAUCUGGAACAUUCGCGUGGCCCCGGGGAACAGCAUCCAGCUCACCAUCCAUGACUUUGAUGUGGAAUAUCAUGCAAGCUGCAAGUAUGACACCCUGGAGAUCUACACAGGUCUUGAUUUUCAUUCUCCAAGAAUAGCCCAGUUGUGUUCCCGAUCACCAUCAACGAACCCCAUGCAGAUUUCCAGCACUGAUAAUGAACUAGCAAUCCGAUUUAAGACAGACAAUACUUUAAAUGGAAGAGGUUUCAAUGCCUCAUGGCGAGCAGUCCCUGGAGGUUGUGGUGGGGUUUUCCAGGUUUCCAGAGGAGAGCUUCAUUCUCCAAAUUACCCCAACCACUACAGAGCUAACACAGAGUGCUCUUGGAUCAUUCGAGUUGAAAAGUAUCACCGUGUUCUCUUGAACAUCACCGACUUUGACCUUGAAGCUGCAGAUUCUUGUCUUAUGACAUAUGAUGGCUCAAGUUCCGCAAACACCCGUGUUGCCAGUGUGUGUGGAAGACAGCAGCCACCUAACUCCAUCACCUCUUCAGGAGACAGCCUCUUUGUGAGAUUCCAGUCUGGAUCUUCCGGCCAGAGCAGGGGCUUUCGAGCUCAAUUCAGGCAAGUGUGCGGAGCCCACAUCAUUACCGACUCUUCAGAUAGUUUCUCCUCGCCACUGUUCCCUGCCAAAUAUCUGAGCAACCAAAACUGUACCUGGAUAAUUGAAGCUCGACCUCCAUUCAAUCAUAUUGCUCUCUCCUUUACUUACUUUCAACUUGAAUACAGCUUCAAUUGCACACGGGACUUUGUAGAAAUUUUGGAUGGCAGUGACUAUGAUGCACCUGUCCAAGGCCGUUACUGUGGUACCUCCCUGCCCCAUUCCAUCGUAUCAUUUGGCAAAGCCCUGACAGUGAGGUUUGUCUCUGAUUCUGCAAUCAGUUUUGAAGGUUUCCAUGCCAUCUAUUCUGCAUCAACAUCAGCUUGUGGUGGAACCUUCUACAUGGCCGAUGGCAUCUUCAAUAGUCCUGGCUACCCAGCAGACUACCAUCCUAAUGCAGAAUGUGUCUGGAACAUUGCCAGUUCUCCUGGCAACCAUCUGCAGCUAUCCUUUCUAUCCUUCCAGUUGGAGAACUCUCUAAACUGUAACAAAGAUUUUGUGGAAAUCCGAGAAGGAAAUGCCACGGGCCACUUGGUGGGACGAUACUGUGGAAACUCCCUUCCUGGCAAUUAUUCAUCAAUUGAGGGAUAUAAUCUGUGGGUCAGAUUUGUCUCUGAUGGCUCAGGCACUGGCAUGGGCUUCCAGGCAAGAUUCAAAAAGAUAUUUGGCAAUGAUAAUAUUGUGGGAACUCAUGGGAAAAUCGCAUCUCCACUCUGGCCUGAAAAUUACCCCCGUAACUCCAACUACAGAUGGAUAGUAAAUGUGAAUGCAUCUCAUAUUAUCCACGGUAGAAUCUUAGAGAUGGACAUAGAAUUGACAACGAACUGCUAUUAUGACAAUUUAAAGAUUUAUGAUGGGUUUGACAUUCAUUCCCGAGUGAUUGGCACUUACUGUGGUACCCAGAGAGAAGCCUUUAGCUCCAGUGGAAACUCUCUGACAUUCCAGUUUUCUUCUGACUCUUCCAAGUCAGGAAAGGGAUUCCUUCUGGAGUGGUUUGCAGUGGAUGUUUCUAAUGAAACCCUUCCCACCAUUGCUCCAGGAGCUUGUGGAGGAUACAUGGUGACAGGAGACACUCCUGUCUUUUUCUUCUCCCCGGGUUGGCCCGGGUACUAUGAUAGUCAUGCUGACUGUACAUGGAUCAUUUAUGCUCCUGAUUCUACUGUGGAACUCAAUAUUCUCUCCAUGGACAUGGAACCUCACGUAUCGUGUACCUAUGACAAGCUGAUCAUAAAAGAUGGAGACAGUGGAUUAUCCCAGCAGCUGGCUGUUCUGUGUGGCGUAGAUAUUCCUGGGCCCAUCCGGUCAACUGGAGAAUACAUGUACAUCCGCUUCAUCUCCGAUGCCAGCAUCGCGGGGACAGGCUUCAACGCCUCUGUUCAAAAGAGCUGUGGUGGAUAUUUGCACUCAGACCGAGGGGUUAUCACAUCUCCCAAGUACCCAGAGAACUACCUUCCCAAUCUCAACUGCUCCUGGCACGUUCUGGUCCAGAGUGGUCUGACCAUCGCCGUCCAUUUUGAACAGCCUUUCCAGAUACAGAACAGAGACUCUUCUUGCACCCAGGGGGAUUACUUGGUGCUAAGAAAUGGACCAGAUAACCGUUCUCCACCGUUGGGACCCUCUAGAGGAAAUGGUCGUUACUGUGGAAUUUAUACUCCAUCAACUCUGUUCACCUCAGACAAUGAAAUGUUUAUUCAGUUCAUCUCAGAUAAUAGUAAUGGUGGACACGGAUUUAAGAUCCAAUAUGAAGCAAAGAGUUUAGCCUGUGGGGGUACUAUCUACAUCCAUGAUGCUAACUCUGAAGGAUACAUCACCUCCCCCAACUACCCUGCUAAUUAUCCCCAGCAUGCCGAAUGCAUUUGGAUCUUAGAGGCACCUUCAGGGAGAAGCAUACAGCUCCAAUUUGAAGAUCAAUUCAAUAUUGAAGAUACACCCAACUGUUCUGCAAGCUAUCUUGAAUUGCGUGAUGGAGCCUACUCAUUUUCACGGUUGUUUUCCAAAUUGUGUGGGCACACUUUGCCUCAUAACUGGGUAUCCUCAAGAGAACAAAUGUACUUGAAAUUUCAUACUGAAGGUGGUUCCAGCUUCAUGGGAUUCAAGGCAAAGUAUUCUAUAGCCUUGUGCGGAGGAACAGUCUCAGGGGACAGUGGAGUCAUUGAGAGCAUUGGUUACCCGAACCUUCCAUAUGCAAACAACGAAUUUUGUCAGUGGCAUAUCCGAGGCCUCCCAGGACACUAUCUCACUAUCCGCUUUGAAGAUUUUAACCUUCAGAGCUCCCCUGGUUGUGCAAAAGACUUUGUGGAGAUCUGGGAAAACCAUACCUCUGGUAGCUUUCUGGGGAGAUAUUGCGGAAACUCCAUUCCUAGCAGUAUUGACACUUCUAGCAAUGUUGCUUCAAUCAGGUUUGUCACCGAUGACUCUGUCACUGACUCAGGAUUUAGGCUGCAGUUUAAGUCCAGCAGAGAAGUGUGUGGUGGGGAUUUACAUGGUCCUACUGGCACAUUUACUUCUCCCAACUACCCAAACCCAAAUCCUCAUGCCCGGAUCUGCGAGUGGACAAUCAAUGUACAAGAAGGAAGGCGGAUCAUACUAACUUUCACCAAUUUGAGGCUGAGUACCCAGCAAUCCUGCAACACUGAGCACCUCAUUGUUUUCAAUGGCAUUAGAAGCAACUCCCCCCGACUACAGAAACUGUGCAGCCGUGUGAAUGUGACCAAUGAGUUCAAAUCUUCGGGAAACACAAUGAAAGUGGUAUUUUUCACCGAUGGCUCCCGGCCGUACGGAGGCUUCACUGCUUCCUACACCUCCAGUGAAGAUGCAGUGUGUGGUGGACCUCUUCCAAGUGUCUCUGGUGGAAACUUUUCUUCUCCUGGCUACAAUGGAAUCCGUGAUUAUGCAAGAAACCUAGACUGUGAGUGGACUCUCAGUAAUCCAAAUCGGGAAAAUUCGUCCAUAAGUAUCCACUUUCUAGGACUUUCCCUUGAAAGCCAUCAAGACUGUACAUAUGAUGUCCUUGAGUUUCGAGUAGGUGAUGCUGAUGGGCCCCUGAUAGAGAAGUUUUGCAGCCUGUCAGCACCAACAGUGCCAUUGGUCAUCCCCUACCCUCAGGUGUGGAUACACUUUGUCAGCAAUGAACGUGUAGAAUAUACUGGAUUCUAUGUAGAGUACUCCUUUACAGAUUGUGGUGGAAUGCAGGCAGGUGAGAGUGGAGUGAUCUCAAGUCCUAACUAUCCAAACUUAUACAGCAGAUGGACCCAGUGUUCAUGGCUGCUGGAAGCACCAGCAGGGCACAUCAUCACUCUCACAUUUAAUGACUUUCAUCUCGAGAGCCAUCCAACUUGCAAUUCAGACUCUGUCACUGUCAGGAAUGGUGACUCCCCUGCAUCACCCAUCAUAGGACGCUACUGUGGAUGGUCAGUCCCAGGGCCAGUACAGUCUGGUUCCAACCAGCUUUUAGUGACUUUUAACACAAACAAUCAAGGGCAAAGUCGUGGAUUUUAUGCAACAUGGAACACAAACUCUUUAGGUUGUGGCGGAACACUCCACUCAGAUAAUGGUACAAUCAAAUCUCCUCACUGGCCUCAGACAUUCCCAGAAAACAGCAGAUGCUCCUGGACAGCCAUCACUCAUGGAAGUAAACACUGGGAGAUUAGCUUUGACAGCAAUUUCCAAGUCCCCAGCAGUGACAGCCAGUGUCGAAACAGCUUCGUGAAGGUCUGGGAAGGAAUGCAGGAGACCAACGACACCCUGUUAGCCAUGAGCUGUGGGAAUGUGGCUCCAAGUCCCAUUGUCACAUCAGGAAACAUUUUCACUGCUGUCUUCCAAUCUGAGGAGAUGCCAGCCCAGGGCUUCUCUGCAUCCUUCAUUAGCCGAUGCGGACGUACAUUUAAUAGCUCCACAGGUGACAUCAUCUCUCCAAACUUCCCAAAGCACUAUGACAACAACAUGAACUGUAACUACUUCAUAGAUGUUGCACCUCAGUCUCUGGUCAUCCUGACUUUUGUGUCCUUUCAUUUAGAAGAACGCUCAGCUAUCACGGGAACCUGUGAUCAUGAUGGCUUGCAUAUCAUCAAAGGUCACAACCUCUCUUCCACUCCUCUCGUGACCAUAUGUGGUUCUGAAACCUUGCGUCCCCUCACCGUGGAUGGCCCAGUGUUGCUCAACUUCUACUCUGAUGCAUACACCACAGACUUUGGGUUCAAGAUUUCCUACAGAGCCAUCACCUGUGGUGGAAUCUACAGUGCCUCCUUUGGAGUCCUUCAGAGUCCUUCCUUCUCAUACACCAACUACCCCAACAAUGUCUACUGUGUCUACAGCCUGCGUGUUAGAAGCAACAGAGUGAUACUACUUCGUUUUAGUGAUUUUGAGGUGGCUCCCUCCAACCUUUGUUCACAUGACUACCUGGAGGUUUUUGAUGGUCCCAGCAUUGGAAAUCGAUCUCUUGGACAGUUCUGUGGUUCCACGCUUCCACAAGAUAUUAAGAGCACCAAUAACAGCCUGACUUUGCUGUUCAAAACAGAUUCUUCUCAAACAGCAAGAGGUUGGAAAAUAUCUUUCCGAGAGACUAUAGGACCACAGCAUGGGUGUGGUGGGUACCUGACUGAAGAAAACAAGAGCUUUGUGUCUCCCGAUAUUGAUUCAAAUGGACGUUAUGACAGAGGUCUAAACUGCAUAUGGUACAUAAUUGCACCUGAAAACAAACUUGUUAAGCUCACCUUCAAUGCUUUCACUCUGGAGGGACAAUCGGCACGAGGAAGAUGUACCUAUGACUAUGUACAGAUAGCAGAUGGUGCAAGCAUAAACUCAAAUUUAGGCGGAAGAUUUUGUGGUUCCACUAUGCCUGCCCCAUUUAUUUCUUCUGGCAACUAUCUUACAGUUCAAUUUGUCUCUGACAUAAAUGUUGAAAUGACAGGAUUUAAUGCAACAUAUACCUUUGUGGACAUGCCUUGUGGGGGAACAUAUAAUGCAACCUCGACACCUCAAAACACAUCAUCACCUCAAUUGUCAAAUAUCAGACAGCCAUUUUCCACCUGUACGUGGGUCAUUGAAGCUCCCCCACACCAGCAGAUCCAGAUAACAGUGUGGGAACUGCGGCUGCCCUCACAAGACUGCUCACGGAGCUACUUAGAACUUCAGGACUCAGUACAGACUAAUGGAAACCAAGUGACUCAGUUCUGCGGUGCAAACUAUACAACCUUGCCAGUAUUCUAUUCCUCAACGAGCACUGCUGUUGUUGUUUUCAAAUCUGAAGUUUUAAACAGAAACUCAAGAGUGCAUUUCACCUAUGAGAUUGCAGAUUGCAACAGAGAAUACAACCAAACAUUUGGCAAUCUGAAGAGUCCUGGGUGGCCUCAAAACUAUGACAAUAACCUGGACUGCUCCAUCAUUCUCAGAGCCCCACAGAACCACAGCAUUUCCCUCUUUUUUUACUGGUUUCAGCUGGAAGAUUCAAGACAGUGCAUGAACGACUUCUUGGAGGUAAGAAACGGUGGCAGCAGCAGCUCGCCACUAAUUGACAAAUACUGCAGCAACCUGCUACCCAACCCUGUCUUCUCUCAGAGCAACGAGCUGUAUCUGCACUUUCACAGCGAUGACUCGGACACCCACAAUGGAUAUGAGAUUAUCUGGACCUCGUCACCUUCCGGCUGUGGAGGGACUCUUUUAGGUGAUGAAGGUAUAUUGGCCAACCCUGGCUUUCCUGACAGCUACGCAAACAACACUCAUUGUGAAUGGACCAUCGUUGCUCCUUCUGGAAAGCCUGUCUCGGUUGGGUUCCCCUUUCUCAGUAUCGACUCUCCAGUUGGCUGUGACCAGAACUACAUCAUACUCUUUAAUGGUCCAGACGCCAACUCACCACCCUUUGGACCAUUCUGUGGCAUUGACACUGUGGUAGCACCCUUUCAUGCUUCAUCAAAUCGGGUCUUCAUAAGAUUUCAUGCUGAGUAUACAACAGUUCUUUCAGGAUUUGAAAUAAUGUGGAGUAGCUGAAUCAGGAGAGCUGUGUAUAACCCCAGAACUCCGGCUCUGUCCCGUGCUGUCAGACGCAACCCUGCCCAGAACUCUGUGACCCUCAUCUCCAUCUCCACCCAAGCCAUCAAAUAUGGACUGAGCUUCUACAGCCUUUACAAGAGAAAGUGCAUGACCAAUUAUAUACAUUUGGUGUUCUGAAGGCAGAACAUGGCGUUGUUCCACUCAGGUGCACACACUAUCCUUACUGGAUGCAUCAUUUAGCGGACAUCUUUUAUAGGACAUUUUUAAAGGGUGGAAAUUAUCCUGGCACAUUGGUGUUCAUUUUUAAAAGUUGAUGAGACAAAUAGAUGUAUUGUUUCCACUAUACAGAAGCCAAAGUAUGGGUAAUAAACAUUUCUUAAAACCGUA